AUGAAUUUAACACGUAUGCGUCAAAUGAACAUGGUUUCUAAGUUAAUGACUAUUUUUGAUAAAUUUCAUUUAAACAUAACUUGGGGUGAUCAAUGUUUAUUAAAUAUUUAUUUUAGUUAUUACCCAGAACAAAUCUAUGAAUUUAGUUGUGAUUGGAAUUAUCGACCUGAUCAUUGUAUUUAUGAAAAUAAUUGUCAAAUGGCUAAAUUAUAUGGUAUUAAAAUAAUUCAUGGCUGUCGUAGUGCAUUUCAUAAUGAUAAAUAUCAAGAAUUUAAAUCUAUUUAUCAAGUUAUUCAUAAUUGGAAAUUCGAUUCAAAUUUAAAAAACUCAUUAUUAAUAGAAAUAAUGAAUAAUUUAAAAAAUUAUUCAUUAACCAAUUGUGGUAAAUCUCAAGAAUUAUUUACAAAACAUUUAUCAAAAGAAAUAUCAUCAUUAAAUUAUUCAUUAAAAAAUCUAUUUCAUAUUGCUUUGAUAUUUAAUAAUAAUUGGAAUUUUAUUGAACAAUCAUAUAUUCUUCUUAAAUCUCUUAUGAUAUUUUCUUCAAAUAAAACUUAUCAAAUACAUUUACAUGUUAUUAUAACUGACAAUAAGGCUCAAAAUUAUUUUUCUAAACAAAUUGAAUCAAUGUACUACUCAAUAACAUAUUACAACGCGACGAUAAAGCAUCCGCUUCAAUUAUCGACGAUAUUAAAUGUUGAUCGUUUUGUUUAUUUAAAUCCGAAUAUAAUAUUUAUAAAUUCUUUUGAUAAAUUAUGGUCAUCAUUUGAGCAAUUUAAAUCAAAACAAGCUAUUGGAAUAUUUGGUCAAUGUCAAAUUUCAGGUACUUCAAAUGUGUUACUUAUUCAUUCAGCACAAAUGAGAAAUUUAAAAAUUGAUUUCGAAGGUGUUAAUUAUCUAUCUACAGAAAAUAUAUUCUUUUUACCAUGCAAAUAUAUUCUUGAUCUUGAUCAUUGUCAAUCGAAAGAAGAUAUGUUAUUUCUUUCUGAAACAAUAAACCAUUCAUUAUAUGGAAUUUUAUAUAAAAUUAUCAGUCAAUUUGAUUUCACAAAAUCAAAUCAUUGGAAUGAUUCUAUUGAGAAUGAAUUUCAUCAAAUUGAAAAUACACCAUGUCGAAAUGAAUUAAUUGAAUUAUUUAUAACAAAUAAAAAAAACUAA